AUGUCUAAUUUGAAAAACAAAGAUUAUAAUAGAGCAGAUAACCUUUCUAGGAUAUCUGAAGAAUGUCCAUUAACAUCAAAAGAAAGUUCGUUUUCAUCAACUUCCAGUGCAAGAGUCAACGAUGAAAUGCUAAAACAUCAUGGAGGGCAAAAAUAUAAUUUAGAUGAUUUUCAAGAGAAUAAAAUUGAUUCUAAAGAAUUUAUCAAUGGUUCUCUUUUUUAUGAUAAAUUAAAAAUAGAAGAGAAAAAAUUUUGUCAAGAAAAUGUAAUAAUUCAGGAUGAUCCUAGAUUUGAAAGAUCCAAACAAGUAAAAGAAAAUAGUUGGGAGCCAUCUGUUUUUGAAUAUAGUUCUCCUCAUGUACAAAAUUUAAAUCAGGAGACACCGAGAAGAAGUGGUGGUCGUAGUGACAUUAAAGAAAAACUACAAGCACUUGACAACAUUGGUUCAAAAAAAUUGCCAUCGGAAACUUUUAGUGGUUCUCCGUUAAAUCCUCCUAAUUAUUUUACAUCUACUCCAAUAAGAGAUAACAAUAUUGGUCAAAGUAGGUUGUUCUCAAAUUUUGAUGGGCCUAAUAUAUCAACAAUAGCUGUAGAUAAUUCUGUUCUUUUUCAAGAAUUUAUGUCUAGUUUAUUAAAAAGAAGAAAUACUGUAAAUGGUGUUAAUAGUGCAAGAAACAUAAUUGUUGAAAGUGCAACUGAUAUAACAAAAAGAAGACGUCAUUCUUCAACAAGCUCACUUUCUAUAGGGAGCACUGUAAGAAAUGUUUUUAUUAAAGAGAAAUUUCUUCAUUUUGGUUUUUGUUCAUUGAAUUGUCAAUCUAUACUACCACUAACAAUAAAAAAUAAUUCAUCAAACAUUAUCAAAGGAAAAUUAGAAUUCAAAGGGAAAGGACAAAUUUUUUCAUUGUAUGACGACUUUAAAUUUGCGAACGGAUGCAUUACACUUGAUCCAAAUCAAGUUAUUGUAGUGUAUAUAAUGUUUAACCCAAAUUGUAUUGGUCUAUAUCAGGAUACAUUGUAUAUUUACUAUGGAAUUUGUAGUAUCUCUGACAAACCAAAACAAAAAGUUCCAAUUGCUGGAAUCUGUGGUACGACAAACGUUAGUGUUGUCAUUGAUCAAUCAUCAAAUAUGUUAGUUAAAAUUCCAAAUGUAAAUUUGGAUGAGUAUCUCUUUAAAACAUCUUUUACAAUUACAAGGUUUAAUUUUACAAUAAAAAAUAAUGGAUCAAGAAAAGCUUUUGUCUUAAUGAUUCCAUUUAAAAUUGACACGAUUUCUGGUAAAUGUGAGGUUGUUGAUGAAUAUGUAACAUUCCAUAAUGGAUCAAAUAUUAUACUUGAUCCAUCAGAGCAAUUUAAUGUUUGUGUUUCUCAUAGAAUUCCAAGACUAUUUGAACUUUCACAAUCUUUUGAUGUAAAUGAGGAUAUCGAGGAAUUAUUUAGAAUAGUUAUUAUGUAUGGUGAUGAAACACAGAGAUUGCGUUUAAAAGAAGCUGAAAUUAAUUCGAAGUUAUCGUAUGACUUUGAAGGACAUUCCUUAACAAAAAUAAAAUAUAUUAACGAAACUACUUCACAAUCCAAUUUUGUACUUGGUGAUAUAGAGUGUGAAGGUAAGUUUUUAAAAUUGUAUUUUUCAAUUAUGUUUGGUCGUCUAAAUAAAGAUUCUAAUUUCAAUUCUGAUUCCAAUUCAGUUUAUUUAAAAUAUACUAACGAAAAUGAUAUAAAAAAGUUAAGCCUUGAGGAUAUUAUCAUUCAUAUCAGUUACUUAAAAAAAGAGGAUUUAAUUAUGAGAUACUACAUGGGGCUACUUGAAAGUAAUAAAAUAAAAGGAAUAUUAGAUCAACUGGAAACAACCACAAAAGAACUACGGAAACAAAGUGAGCAUGAAAAAAAAGAUUUAGAAAAUAUUCAACAACAUAGUAUAAAAACGGUACUUCAAAAAAAAGGUAAAUGGGAUAAGGAAAUAACAGAAGCCAAUUCUCAAUAUCACAAGUCUUUAGAAAACUUUCAUAAAAGUGAGAAAGAGCUACAAAAUUACAAACACAGAGAUAACAAUAAUUCUAAUAUACUUGAAAUUUUUUACAAACAAAUUUUAAGAUUAAUUUUAUCGUAUGAAAUUAGUGAAAUGCAAUUAAAAAAUAUUCCUGAGUAUAAUUCAACUAACUCAUCUCAAUUGAUAAAAUUAUUUAAACAACUUUUGUCAGAGCAAGAAACUUUUCAUUUAGCAAGAAAUAAAUGGAUAAAUGCACGUACAUUAGUAAUUUAUUCUCAAACUCAAAUAGCUUUCGGUAUUAAAAAGUGGGAGAAAAUAUUAAAAGAAAAUUCAACUGAUGAAAAAGAUAGAUAUUUCGUUUUUACCGAAUCUAAAAAUAAUUUUAUGGCUGCAUUUCAAAAUAUUGAGUCAUGUCAAAUUUAUAUUGAUGAUAAAAAUGCAAAAAAAUGUUUAGAACUUUUAAAAGAGAUGCAUUUAAAAGUGACAAAUUUAAUUCAGUGGUUUCAAAAUAUUAUUUCAGAAAAUAUAAUGAAAGAUUUAGAGGAUAACUGUAAUAAAAUGGUGGAGAUUCAAGAAAAAUUAGUUGAAGAGAGAAAAGAAAUAAUUUUCAAUAAAUUUGGAAAUAUCAAUCAAAAAAUUAUUAAUCACGAAAAAGAGGAUUGGGAAAAAAUUAUUGAAAAAUUAAAAACAGAAAAAUUUAUUAAUUUAGAUGUAAUAAACAUAAUAAAUUUAUCAAAACCAUCAAACUACAAAAGUUCUAAUGAUUUUUCAAUUUCUAUACAAAAUGAACAUAAAUUAAUUUCUAGUAUUCAAGAAAAAAUUAAUCAAUUUGAAGUUCAAAAAAUAUUAUUAGAAAAUAAAAAAAAAUUAGUAAUAAAAAGUCAAGACAAAAAUCUUGAAAAUGUGCUACAUCAAAGAAAGAUUAGUAAAAGUUCAUACAAAUUUGAAUAA